AUGGAACAAUCAUCAAACUUAGGACAAAGCGAGAAUUCUCGCUCAGAAACUUUUGGCAAUGACGCAAAAAGCGAUGCCAUAGCACAAGCCCUAUUAGCCGCUCAAAACCUCUCCUCCAAAUCUCCUCUCCAUCCUUCAACCUCUACCGAACAACCAACCAGCAUGGGCGCCCAAACAGCAGCAAAGAAGAAGGGCACUGCUUCAGCUAUAAAGAAGCCCGGCAAGCGCUCUAAUAACACUGGCGGUCCAAGAGCGGCAAAGAAAGCCAAAUCUGUGCAGUCAGGUUCGACCUCAGGGGAGGCCCCUGAAUCAGCAGGAUCCGAAUUGGAAGAGUCUGACCAUGGACCGUAUUGCAUUUGUCGUGGCGCAGACGAUCACCGAUGGAUGAUAUUUUGCGAAAACUGCGAAGAUUGGUACCAUGGAGAAUGUAUCGACUUAAACAAAGAGAUUGGCGAGUCGCUGAUCGAGAGGUUCAUCUGCCCACUCUGCACAACUAAUGACCUCAAGACCAUAUACAAAAAGACAUGCUCGCUAGGCGGUUGUCGAAAAGCUGCCCGGCUAACAGAUGAGGAGCCAAGCGCCUUUUGCACCAGCGAACAUGCGCAAACAUGGUGGGAGCGUGAGGUAGCCAAACUGCCCAAGGGAAAGGGAAAGGGAGGCAGCAAUGACCGGCUCACUCAGGAGGAAUUUAUGGCACUUUUAGGGAGUGGCCUUUCAGGUUUCGACGAGAGUGGCCUUUGGCGAUUGGUCAAGCAACCAUUCUCAGGCGAAACAAAAGCCGCCAACGGAAGUGGAAAGGAAGGCGAAAACGAUGAUGAGUUGCAUCUCUCUGAUGAGGAGAAAGAGUUUCUCAAAAAGGCCGCCGCAGCGCGAUUUCAGCUAGCGGAGGAGACUGUUCUAUGCCACAAGAUGCUGACUCUCCUCGAGUUCGCUCACGAGCGUCGCCAAGCGGCCAUCAACAAAGGCCGAUUCAAAGAAGAUAUUUGCGGCUAUGAUCAACGUCUCGACACCGUCAGUGCACGGGACCCGUUCGACGCUUUUGCCAAGUCACCAGAGGGUGAGGCCAUCUUUAAAGCGGCUCGACUUGAUGAUCCACUAGGAGAAGGCGACGAAGUGCGCGGCAUGUGCGAGCGCAAACGCUGCAAGAUUCACGGCGGAUGGUAUAAGAUGUUUUCAUCGGGUCUCAAGCAUCAUAUUCGUGAGAUGGCGACGCAGGCCGACGAGGUCGGAGAGGAGGAGAGAGUAAUGCGCCAGGCUGCAAAAGAGCGCUGGAACAGAAAGCAGUCGGAGAACAACUGGGUUGAGGUUUUAGAGGUUUGA